UGUAAGGAAUUGUUUAUAUCCUACAAUACCCCAACCUAAAGUGACUCCAAUUUUUAAGAUGAGUCCUGGAAUAACAGAAGUGAAUGAUAUAAUUCCUGACCAAUUAGUCAUGCUGGAGAAGCCUCAGGAAUUCAGUCGCAAACAAUCUACUUUGGGAAUGCUAUUAGAAAAUUUGAGUUACUCUCAAACCACCUAUUGCCCAGAAAUGCAAACAGAAGAGAGAACAAACCAGAAAUUCAACUCGGGACUAACAUCCUACAAACCUCUCCAAGACUUUGGUUUUACAACCAGCCCUAACCCCUGCACACCAGAAGCACACCUCCAUUCGAAAGACCAUUUGAAUUACCUCUACCAAAUGGAAGUGCCUCACUCUAUGAUCCAGGGAACCAAUUCUACUUGUCCUAUACAUUGGCUAGAUUACAGACCUCAGUGCAGCACAAUUUCCAGAAGAAAUACAGACUAUUAGAUUAAUAUCCAUAUUAGUUGUUAUAUUCAUUUCAGUUCACUAUGAGCAGCUUCUAAGUAAACAGGAUACAGGGCAUUAUAAUAUCUGACCAUGAAGGAAUGAAUUGGGAAAAUUCUGAAGAGGAAAAGAUGGGACAGUCUUUUGUAUUGACUGAAGAUUCAUGCCAUUCUAGACCAAAAGUGGGCAUGACAUGCAGUAAUAAGGGAACUUGCAUACUUGAAAAAAAGAACCUCUCCCUCAUGUUUUGAAUGUGAAACAAGAUGUACAGGA